ACGACAUGUGAGGUGGUACGCCAUGAGAUCGACCGCUUCCCUGAGCUUGGUUGCACAUCGAGCUGGCUGGGACCGGCUCCCGCUGCUACCAAGGCCGUCGAGUGGUGUAAAAGCCUGGGAUCAGGCCCAGUGUCUUCGAAAUCAUGAAAGGUCUACAGUGAUCCGUGCAUAUGUAGCCUACUAUCUAGGUAACAUGAGCGCAUGGGAUGUACAGUGAGCAAUGUUAGAGUAUACCUUCGAAGGCUGCAGACAGGUCUCACACGCAGCUGAAGGGCGCAAACUGCCAAUGGAACAUGAUUUGAGGUUGAGAAAGAAGGCAGAGGUCACAGAUGGGGUAGAUGGGCACGGAUGUUCAAUUGAGUGUUGUUGUAGGGAGCUGAGUUGUGGUGCUGUGUUGGCGGGACUUGCAUUAGCUAAAAAGCCACAGAGUGUGCGAG